AUGAUGAAACCCUCGGCGAAAUCAAUUCAGAGAGUUGGUCGUUUCUUAAGGAAGAGCCUUGGGAGCAUCAAGUCCACUGUCUGCUUUGGUAAACACCACAACUUCUCUAACAACAGCACUCCACUCUUGAGCCCCUUCUCAUGCAGUCUUAGCCACCCAUGUCCACAAGAUUCCCAAACUGAAGAAACAUACAGCGUUAUCUCUUGCGAGAGCAAGGUUGUUGCAGAUACCAGAGAUGAGAGACUCAUCAACAAAAGCCAACAUAAGAAGAAACCGAAGAAAAAGGUUGCUGCAGAGCCAUUCGAGGAGGCGAAGAGAAGAGGUGACAUGCUGGCGCAAAAGAUGAAAAAUCUCAACAUGGUUGAUCUCAGAGACGUGGAGCAUGCAUCGGAUGUAAAAGAAGCGCUUCGAUGCUAUUCAAGCAUUAGAAGCCCUGUCUAUCUAGACAUUGUUGACAACUUCUUCGGGUAUCAACGGUUCAAGAAGGAAAGCUGGCUCUUUCAGAGUCUAAGACCCCUCUUGAUCAGCUUCGCUUUCGUUUAUUACACUUGUAUGGUAAAAUCACCAAUCACCCUCAGCUACUACCACAUUGUAUAGAGUCUUAUGUUAUCAAUGAAACAUUAUUCAAGAAAUAUGACAAUCUAAACUGAUUUCUGAAUCCAGAGAUGAAGAACCAUGAAAGCAUUUGAUAUUAGGAUAGAAACCAUUUAUUUCCAUUUCAUGAAAAAAGUGGUGAAAGCAAACAUAUGUAUGGGAGAAGCGCAGUCACUCUCCUACGAACAUGAUAGAGAAGUUACACAACACAUGAUUAUCUUGUUUUGUUUUUUAAAGGUGAUAAAUUUGCACUGUCAACAGACAGGCUACAUGGAUAAAACACAGGAAUCAUUUCUUGCCGCUUUUCUUAAGUCCAGAGCCUCCAAAGGAUCCCUUCUGCGAUGCCUUGGCUCUUAGUUCUUUAAGUGCCUGUUUUAAUUUAAGAAAAAAAAAAACAAUUGGUCAGGCUCUCAAUAAUGAGGCAAACAUUUUACGUUUUAACCAAAGUACCCUAAUCAAUAUAAUUUCCAUAAUUAAAAAAAAGGGGGUAAUGGAUUAUCUAAACUAACAAACAGUUAGUGAUAUGACCCCAUCUUGUUGAAAGGCCACUAGGUAUAUAGUGUCAUUAUUAGUGUUCAGAUUGACAACGAGACCAUACUGAACAAAGUAGCACUGCAUAAUAGUGGCUCCCUAGAAAGAACAACAAGCGAGAGUAUCAAAGUGGGAACUCACCUUUUCCUCUUCUUUCUUCUUCUGAAUGUUAGCCAUAUCGUGCUGGAGUAGUCCCGAAUCAACAUUCAAGAAAUUAGAGCAUGUAAAAAGAAUGUCUAAACACAUUGAUAUACCCUUAGCAAUAGCAGCAAAAAAAAAAAACCCCACUCUUGCAA